CCGCCGCAUCCCCCUCGAAAACCGUGCCACCAGCCAGAUCCAUCCACCUCCUCCCUGUUUUCUGGCGCCCUCCACCUCAUCCUCGCCACGUGGCGCCGCCUGAGUGGUCGCGCCGCCACCCAGCAUCGCUCCCCUCCAACCGCAGCUGGCCACGUCGCCCCUGCCUCCCUCCUCCACCUCGCGCGGCCCGCAGAGCCCGUCCGAGGCCCGCUCAGGCCCGAAUCGCCUCCGUCCGGGCGCCCGCUCGCCUCCCGGCCCCGCAGCUCUGCUCGAUGGGAUCGAGAGAGAUCCUGAGCACCACCGCCUCUCGCCUCCCGCCGGCGACCCGGCAGCCCCGCCGGAGCCAGCAGGCCGCCAUGGACGCCGACCCCAUCGAGGUCUUGUCGCCCCGAGCUCGGCCUCGGGUCAGAUCCGGCCGGAAACGGGGCCCCGCCUCCUCCCGUGGCUGGAUCCGCCCAUCCCUGUCCUCUCCUCGCGCCCCGGCCUCCUCCUGGCGCUCGCCGCCGGCGCCGCCUCCGCUCGUCCUCGUCGGGCGAGGACGACGCCCUCGCCUCCCCGUCGCGCCCCGCGUGGGCCUCCCCAGGCCCAGCCGUAGCCAGCCCCAGGCCCCGCCGAAGCCGCGCCAGGCCCAGCCGGCCUCCUCCACCGAGCCGGCCCAAGUGCCGUGGUGAGCAGCCCCCCCCACUGUUGGCCCAGCCAGAUUCGGCCCAGAAUAGAUUUUUUUCCGUUUUGCGAUUUGUCUAUUAUUCCGCUGAAUUACAGUUUUGCAGA